CAGCGAAACUCCUCGCCCCGCGGAGACCCGCCAGCCCCGGCCGGAGGAAGGCGAGGUGCGGCCGGGUGGGCUCCCAGGCCCAUGUGCCAGAUUGUACCUUUUUAGCUAAGAAUCAUGGAGGUACUUCACGGCAGGCCCUACUGCUGCAGGGAACUUGAAGGAGCUGACAUACUAUCAGACACCUAUUACUCCAACCAAGUGCACACUCCGCUAGAAACAGUUACUCGCCCAACUGCCUCAGAGAACAGGUACCAGGAGCUAAGGAACUCCCUCCAGCAGUGCAGGCUCCCAUGGGGUGCAGACAGGGAGUAUGGCGGCAUCAUCCCAAUGUCCCUCGCUGAAGAACACAGGUCCAAAUGCGAGCCUUCCCGUGCCAUGAGCAAAGGACACCAGCAUUACGGAUUUGGUGGAGAAGCCUGGCCAAGAAACCUUCCUAUUGAACAAUACUAUUAUUUGACACAGAACAAGAAAAGUGAUAUCUAUGGAAACGAUUCUCUGUUACCCAAACCACCUAACUCAACUGUAGGAGAAGUCUGCUCAGCGUACCCAAUGGAACACCCCUACCAUACACACACGUGCCGUGGCGCCAUGUUCCCGGCCUUCACAUCACCUAAUGACCUCUACACAGGCAUUAAAGCUCGCACUCAACAGCCUUUUCCUCCUACGGUGCCAACCAAAGCCUAUGAUACAACAGUGUUGAAGACAAGAGGUAAUCCUUACAGAUAUGAACUGCUUGAUUUUCCCAUGGAUUCAAAGAAGAAAGCAUUGACUUGGCCAGGUCAGGGUGUAUAUUAUGAUUUUCCUAAAUGUUUUGAAAAAAAUAAACCAAUAUUCUACCCCAAACCUCCAAAAACAUUUGCUCCCAACACUUCGUUGAAUCCAUGGGAUUGUCUUAAUUCUGCAAAAGAAGCCAAUAUACAAAGAAAUCUUGAGCGGUCCCACUGGCUUUCAUCAUAUGCUCAGGAUUUUACAGGUCUGGGACCUAUGAAUCCCCUUCAGCUGGAUGAUUACCAUGAAAAGGAGGUAGCAGAUCUAACUGGACAGAUAGGAUUUGACCCACAGCCUCAAGAAAAAUCCCACCCUACUUUAAAACCCACCAGACCCUUGGAAGGGCGAAUUGCCCGACUCAUACAGAACCGACGUCCUCUGGAGCCUUUUGUCCAACAAAGACCCCCUUCCUGCCCAGAUUGUACCCCUAGAGUUUUGUGUGCUUUUCAUAGGUUCAUACCAAGUUCUGCAGAAAUGAUGGCACUAAACAAUAACCCACUGGCUGGCAUGACCCAUCAAAACCAGGACAUCGAAGAGAAGGUUAAGAAAGAACAAGGCUUGCUGUCUAACUAUACACUUCCAACUUGCUGCUCAUCAAAAGAUCUGACCAGCCUUUAUGACACAAAACCACUUCCAAAGAUCACAGAUAUGAAAAAGACAGAUGAUCUAUUCUGGAGGCAGCUGGCAUUAAAACCCCGACUCAUGUCCUGCUCCAAAUCAAAUCAUUGCAUUCAUUAUGACAACUUUCAAUCUGCCUUACGAGACCCGUAUUCUUUGUGUCAAAACCAUGCUCACCUCAGUAAGUCUAGCAUUCUACAAAACAAAUCAGAUAAGGAAGCUUUCACUAUAGAUGACUUUUUAGGUCAACAAGAAGAGUUUGGCUUGCACAUGGGAAACAGUGACAGAACAAGACCUUUUCUGGGUUGGAUUCCUAGAGUUGGAGUACACAAGCCUCACACCAACCUACUGGAUUUUAAGAACUCAUUUUCAAAAUCUAAUGCACAAAAACGUUUCCAUAAUUCCAUCCUAGAAGACCAUAAAGAUCUCAGGGAUAAACUGCGCUCAGGGAGGAAACACCAGUUCUACGGCCACAAUGCCCACUAUUUCUAUAACUGAGAUAUUCCUCCUUCCCUUCAAGCCUCAGCUUCUUGCAAGAAAAUUAAAAAUGUAACAGAA